UGAUCAUCACCCACGCGGACGUGUACAGCGUCCUGCCGGCCACCACCUCGACUUACGACAAGCGCCGUCGGCUGGAGUAAUGUUCUCGAGGAGUCGGGGCCAGGGCCGGCUCUUCGGCAAGAGGGACGGGCCCGGGAGCAAGAGGCACCAGUCUCACAGCUGGAUGACGACAAACAAGUUGAGGAACGAGCAGAGGCAGCCGAGGAGGACGCGCAUCGGUGACGGCGUGAUGAUGUCGGCGGACUCAUCGCCGACGCUCCAGGCCUCGAUCCCAUCCCCGGGCUACGUGGAACUGCCGGACGAGCCGCGGCCCGGCAAGAUAACGCCCUCGAGCGCGAACAACACGAGCAACUCCUCGCCGUCGCCCUGCGGCUCCAAGUCCGAGGCGGGCAACGGUGGUGCUAGCAGCUCCGAGGACGAAGCCAUCGUGGAGGCCGUGCCGAUCGUGCGCUCGACCCUACCCUCACCGGAGCCACGGCCGAUGAUCGAGCUAUCGCGCAACGGGUACAAGGACCACGACCGAGUCGACUCCAAUGGCCUCAAGGCCAAGCCGCCCCAGCAGCAACAGCAGCAGCAACCGGACAUCGACAACGACAGCUGCCUCAUCAAGUGCGUCUACUUCACUCAGCAGUGCUGCGAGUGCACGAUAGUCUGAGCGCCCGGGAACUGGGGGAGCUUUGGAAGCGAAGGCACCGGUGGUCGUCCGGACGCGUCCAGUCUCGAAUGGGGGAAUGGCGAGUGGGAUUGAGGGACUCGGGAGGACCAAGUUCGGCGAGUCCUCGGUCGCUGCCCUAUUCGGAUGAGGGCUUCCGGGCCAAUGUCGUUG